AAAAUGAAGAGAGAGGAAGAGGAGGAGCAACAGAGUAAAGAGAAUUACAGAGAGGCAGAGAGCUCCACACACAUUAGUUAGUAGCUGUAAGAAGACAAGAGCACGAGAGAGGACAUAAAAGGAGAAUACAGAAAGAACAGAAACAGGGAGAAAGAAAGAAGAAACUAAAGAAAAGAAAAAGAAGAAAUUGAAAGGCUGAGGGAGUUGUUGCUCGGCUAGGAAUCCAUCCAGCAGACUGCAGAGACUUCAGUUUGUGUCCAAGUGAACGGAUAAAACCAGUGUGACUGGGAAUCUACUGGGAGACCCACAGUGAGCAGACUGCCAAGCACCAUGGCUGACAACGUGACUGAGGAAUCAGAUUAUAUCCCAGGGAAAGAUGAGCUGGACUGGGGCUACGAGGAAGAAUGGGGACUCCAUUUUCCAGCAGCCAAUGGCGAGUACCAGUCUCCCAUUAACUUGAACUCCAGGGAGGCUCAGUAUGACCCAUCCCUCCUGGAUGUCGGCUUAUCACCAAACUACGUGGUGUGUCGAGACUGUGAGGUCAUCAACGACGGACACACUGUCCGCAUCAUUCUCAAGUCCAAGUCAGUGGUUACCGGGGGUCCGUUGCCUAGCGAUCAUGAGUAUGAGCUUCAUGAGGUUCGAUUCCACUGGGGCAAAGAGAACCAGAGAGGAUCAGAGCAUACUGUCAACUUCAAGGCUUUCCCUAUGGAGCUCCAUCUGAUUCACUGGAACAGCACUCUGUUUAACACUUUGGAGGAUGCUCUUGGGAAGAAGAAUGGAGUCCUCAUCAUAGCUCUUUUUGUGCAGAUUGGUAAAGAGCAUCUGGGUCUGAAGGCCAUCACUGAAGUUCUACAGGACCUGCAGUACAAGGGGAAGAACAAGAUAAUCCCCUGCUUCAACCCCAACACUCUGUUACCUGACCCUUUACUGAGAGACUACUGGGUGUAUGAAGGAUCGCUGACCACACCGCCUUGUAAUGAAAAUGUGACCUGGAUCCUCUACCGCUACCCUCUCACCAUCUCACAGUUACAGAUUGAGGAGUUUCGGAGGCUGCGGUCCCAUGUUAAAGGGGCAGAACUGCUAGAAGGGAAUGAUGGGCUGUUGGGGGACAACUUCCGUCCCACCCAGCCGCUGAGUGACCGGAUGGUUCGUGCUGCCUUCCAGUGACUCAUUUUCCACUGCCAACUCAGACAAACUAUGGGACCUACAGAUACAAGUAUAGAAGGAGGGAAGAAAGAAGAGGUGUGAAGAGUGGAAUAGAGGGAGAGAAGGAAAGUUGAUGUGGUUGUAGAUCAGCUGCAGACUGAAGGUGGAAAAAGAAACUACUGAUCUCACACCUUCACUGUGUGCUUUGUUUGUGUGUGUGUGUGUGUGUGUGUGUGUAGGUGUGUCCAUUUCUGCAUAACCUCUCGCCCAUCUCAUUCUAAUUGUAUAUGUGUAUGUGAGUAUCAUCCUCCCUGUGCCUGUGUGUGUGUGUGUGUGUACUGUAGGUAUGUCUUGAGUAUUAUUGUGCUAAUCUGCGAGUGUGUGUGUGUUAGAUGAUAGGAGGCUUUACAACCGGCCAGCCUCUGCUGUUAAAACAAGUGGAAACAUGAACCACAGAUGUACCUGGACACACACACACACACACAAAAAACUGUACCGAGAGACAGAGUGUGACCGAGCUUCACACACUCAGCAUACACCCAUGUGUUGUGUGUGUACUGUGUUGCAUACACAUUAUGUGCAGACACCUGAGGCUGGUCAUUAUGUGUUACAGACUGAAUGUACUGCAGUAGACCUACUGGACAAGUUCAACACACAGUUUACAAACUGUACUUCUAACUUAAUAUUUUAUUUUAAAUCCAAUGAAUCUGAAAAUGAGGUCAACAUGAACGGUAAAUAUCUUCAUAUAAAUAUAUAUAUAUAAAAUAAACUGAACCUGUGGUGGCUCCUCACUGGUAAACCCUAAUAUAACAAUGUAAUAUAUGUAAAGAAUUUCACUUUUUAAGCACUUUUGCCAAGAAAUCUGUCCAAGAGAUGCUGUAGAACCCGUUAUGAGUUGAAAAUAUAGGCAUCAAAUGCCAUUAAAAUAAAUGUUAUAUAAAAACUUUUCAAUGAUAUUCAGUCCAGUUUCAACAGACAACUAGAUGUCUUUUUCUGGGCUGCUAUCAGCUGAUCCAACAACAUACUGUGUCUUGGGGGGGGGGGGAAGCCACAAGGCUCUGCUCCAGGAAAUCUAUUUUGCUCUCCUAAAUCUCGGUUUUUAUUAAACUCUCAUGUUUUGAUCACAUUAUGAGCGGCCUGCCGACAAAGGACAGGCGAGGGACCAUUAAAGACCGAGUGAUCUGGUUACACAGUGCCCAUGGGGAGCCGCCACCCCUGCGUAUCUCUCGCUAGCUUGGCACUACGUUCCCAGGCUCGAAUGUGUCUGAUUUUUAUUUAAUGGUGCAUGUCUUCUGAUUACAAAGCAAAGAAUCAUGGACUUUGAUGAUUUGAAUCUGCAACUCCUGUCUCUCUUUAAUUUGCUCUUCCACACAGAGCUGUCACAUCCAGACUGUCACGGUCAGACAGAAGCUUGUGUUUAUGUUAUAUUUCCCCACUGCCUUUGUCAUAAUUCAUUUCAGAACAGCGUUUUGAGACUGAAUAACUUCCACAUUUACAGAGACUACUGUUAAUCAUGUUCCGAUUAACCCAAACAUUUUUGCUUUCACUGUCAGUGUGAAUGUGUUUAGUUUCCCUCUGUAAUAAUGGCGGAGGCACGCGAGAGUGCAACACAUAAAUCAGCCGCCGGAUUCGCCUAUCGAGUAACUCGACAGUAGUUUGAUACUAUUUGCUCUGUAAUGACUAGCUUUAUGUCAGUAUAUAAGGGAAAAUAAACAGGAGUUUAGGAAUAAUGAGUUGGAGGUUGGGUUUACAUUGAUUUCAAUCUAAUAAAAUGCAUGAAAUGGUAUAAUAUUUACCUUUUAAUGAGUAUGUUAAGACUGUUUAGGUUAUAUUCUGGUGUGGAAGUGGAUACAGCUGGGUUCAGCAGUGUGUGAGUGCUCCAUGCAGGGAGAUCUGACAUCAGCUGCUGCUUAAACCUCCUCCACAUCUUCAUCUCACCAUACACUCAAAACACAUUUAGUUAGCCAAACUCACAUUACAUGAACUGUGGGUAAUGACGUCUGUCAAACUCUCAAAUGUUCACACUUAACCUCUCCUUGCAUGAGACCGUCAAAUAUCAAACUGAAAGAACUGUUGUGCUGCAUCAAUGUCCUAUUCAUCCAAACCCUGAAUUUGAAUUUCAGUCCAUCCAUUUUUCUGGUCAAACUGGGUGAAGAUACAGAUUGAAACUACAGUCCACAUGUUGAAUAUCACUGUCUAUCCUAGAGUGACUUUAUCCUUUUGGACCCUUAAUACUCCCCAUGAAAGUACUGACUACAGUAAAAUCAGAUGUGGUCCAGUCAUUCUUAUCUGUAUCAUUAAUGGUGUUAGUAUUACUGUCUUUAUCCUCCGUGUCAACACGGGGUUUGAGACAUGUCGUUGUCUACAGAAUGUAAUUCUGAACAUUUUUCUUCAUCUAAAAAAAAAAGAGGUCAAAUGUAGGUGACAGUGAAUGUCUUGGCAAAACGUGGACAGCUUUAACCCCCAUUGACAUCAGUGGAACACUGCUCUCAUCACUCCCUUCAUGUUGUUUUAGUGUGUGUGUAUAUUACCCCAGUUACACCUGCCAUUAAAAUGCGAUCUGUGUCUGGACACAUUGCUUCCCUCGACCUGGGGCUCGCCAUGUCUGUUGACCAGUCCCCCAGCCCUGCCUAACUAAUUUGCAUAUUGAAAUCCGAUGACACGGCACAAUUGAGAUAACAAGAACGCAUUUUAUCACCAGGUGUAAAUGCAAAGACCCAUAGAUCGGCUGUCUUUAUACAGAUAACGCAUCCAGAUACAGAUCACAUGUUAUUGGGGCCUGUGUGUGUGUGUACUCUUUAAAGGUACAGUGUCUGACAAACUGAGCUGAAAUAAACUGUGAGAACUGAUGACUGUUACUGUAAAGCAACAAUAAACUACAAUCUUGACUUACUAAAA